AUGGUAAAUAGUUAUAUUCAAAAAGGUGAUAAUCCUGAUUUGACUGAACUUCGAAAGAAGGCUUCUUUCAAUACGGAAGAAUUAGCUAUAUUUUUAGCUGGAUCUAAAUCUAAACUUGAAAAAAGAAGACAAAUUCAUAAAUUUGUAGAGUCAAAGCCUGAAUUAAAAGAUGCUAAACCAAUAUCUUUUAUGACAAGAUCUGAAUUAAUGGAAAAUGAACAAAGAAAAAAAAUGUAUGCAUUAAAAUAUGCUUCUGAAAUUGUUGAUAAUUCUAAUCUUGAAGAAAUGUAUUUUUAUAAUGAUUCUAUUCAUAAUCAAGAUGGUCAACCAUUUAGUUUACAUGAUGGAAUGUUUAGACCAUGUCUUGAAGCUCAGGCAGAUGAUGAACAACGAGAAAUAUGGUUAAAAAAAGCUAAUAAUUAUGAAAUAAAUGGAACAUAUGCUCAAACAGAAAUGGGACAUGGAACAAAUUUAAGAAAAUUAGAAACAACAGCAACUUUUGAUUUAGAAAAGGAUGAAUUUAUUAUUAAUACACCAACAAUAACAGCUACCAAAUGGUGGCCUGGAAAUUUAGGAAAAAAUGCUAAUGUUUGUAUAGUUGCUGCACAAACGUGGAUUAAAGGAAAAUGUUAUGGAACAAAUAACUUUAUUGUUCAAUUAAGAGAUUUUAAAACACAUGAACCAUUACCUGGUAUUACAGUUGGUGAUAUUGGGCCAAAAUUUGGAUAUCAACAAAACGAUAAUGGUUUUUGUAAAUUUGAUAAUGUACGUAUUCCAAGAAGAAAUAUGUUAAUGAAGCAUGUAAAAGUUGAUAGAGAAGGAAAUUUUACAAAACCUGUUCAUGAUAAAGUAUCAUAUUCUACCAUGUUAUAUGUUAGAGCAGUUAUUAUUAAUCUUGUUGGAGAAGGUCUUGGAAAAGCUGUUACAAUAGGUGUUAGAUAUUCAGCAAUCAGAAAACAAGGAGAAUUAAAUGAUCCAAAUAAAGAAGUUUCUGUACUUGAAUAUAAAACACAACAAUAUCGUUUAUUUCCACAAAUUGCUAGAGCUGUAGCAUAUUUAUGUUUAGGAAAAGACAUUGCUCAACAAUAUUAUACAUUAUUAAAAGAUCUUCAAGCAGGAAAUACAUCAUACAUGACUGAUCUUCAUGAACUUCUUUGUGGUGUUAAAGCUGUUGUAACACAUGAAGUAGCUUUAGGUAUUGAACAAUGUCGUAUGAGUUGUGGUGGACAUGGUUAUUCACAGGCAUCAGGUUUUCCUUAUAUUUAUGGUGCAUAUGUAUGUGCUUGUACUUAUGAAGGUGAAAAUAUGGUUAUGCUUUUACAAUGUGCUGGUGGAAUAAUGAAAUCAGCAAAUAAAAUUGCAACUGGAAAGGCAAAUGAACUUAGUCAUAUAUUUAAAUAUUUGGUUGAAAAAAAAAAUAAAAAAUCUACAAUAUCAGGAAAUAGUAUAAAAAUUGAAGAAUAUAUUGAAUGUCUUGAGGUAAAUGCUAGAAAACAAAUUUUUGAUGGUUUUAAAGAAUUCAGUGAGUGUAUUCUUAAAGGUAUGAAUAAAAAAACAGCCAUUAAUGAAUCUGCCAUUUCAAUGACUAAAUGUGCAAGAAGACAUACAAAAUUAUAUAUUGCAAAAUCAUUUGCAAAAUCUGUAAUAGAAUUACCACCUGGUAGUUUAAAAAAUGUUCUUUUAAAAAUUUUAGAAUUAUAUUUGGCUUAUGAAGUAAUGGAAUCACCAUCUUGUAUUAUUUUGGAAGGAUUUAUUGAUGAUUCACAAUUAUCAUUGAUUUCAAAAAGAAUAAAAAUUUUAUUAUCAGAGUUAAAAGAUGAUGCUGUUUCAAUUGUUGAUUCAUUUGAUAUGACUGAUCGCCAACUUAAUUCUAUUUUAGGAAGAAGAGAUGGACAUGUUUAUGAUAACCUUCUUAAAUGGGCUCAGGAAUCUGAAUUAAAUAAAACAAAUGUUUUACCAUCACACCAUAAAUAUAUAGGAAAAUUAUUUGAAUUCAGAAAAAGUAAUUACAAUUCAAAAUUAUAA